AUGGCGGUCAGUAGCGAUCCAGACUCCGAGGAUCGCAGCCACCACAGCAGCACGCACAGCGAUAAAGACGAUAUCCCAGUACGGCCGGAAGAAGACGAUCUCGACCUGCAUGACCAUGACGAUGACAACGACAACGACGACAACCUGGAGCGGACGCCGACGCAGCUGCUCGACCCGGAGGCGCCCGGUUUCGCGGGCACCCUGGGCCGUGCUCUGAGCAAGAUAUCGACGAAUGCCGGACCGAACCCGGGGCCGGCGCCAGACGGAGGUCGGAAGGCGUGGCUUGCUUGUCUUUGUGGACAUUUGAUUGUCUCGAACACGUGGGGUUUCAUCAACUCCUUUGGGAUAUUCCAGAGAUAUUACGUCGAUAUGCUCGGCCGGUCACCAUCCGACGUGUCGUGGAUUGGCUCGCUCGAGGUGUUCCUGCUCUUCUUCCUGGGCAUGUUCACGGGCCGCCUGAGCGACGCGGACCUGUUCAAGCCCUUGAUCGUGCUGGGCACGUUCCUCAUGGUGCUCGGGUUCAUGAUGACGUCGAUCGCGACGCAGUACUGGCACCUCGUGCUGUCGCAGGGCGUGUGCAUGGGCCUGGGCGCCGGCUGCCUGUUCGCGCCCUGCCUGGCGACGGUCGCGACGUACUUUUCGAGCAAGCGCAUGCUGGCCAUUGGGAUUGUAGCGUGCGGUUCCGUCACGGGCGGGCUGGUGUACCCGGCGAUGGCGAGGCAGCUGCUGCCCAUGAUCGGGUUCGCCUGGACGAUGCGGGCGAUCGGGCUCAUCUCGUUGGCGACGCUGCUGCCGGCCAACUUUCUGAUGAGCUCGAGACUGCCGCCGCGGAGGACGGGGGCACUGGUGGACUGGGAGUCGUUCAAGGACCUAGGCUACACCUUUUAUGCCGUGGGCAUGUUCUUUAACUUCUGGGGCUUAUACUUCACCUUUUACUACCUCGUCUCGUACAGCACGACAUGGGUGACGCCGGCGUUCUCGUACAUUGACGCGCUGAACCUGCUGCUGGUGCUCAACGGCAUCGGGCUGGUGGGUAGGCUGCUGCCCAACUACCUGGCGGACCGAGUGGGCCCGCUGAACCUGCUGGCGCCGGCGUGCCUGAUGUCGGGAGUGCUCAUGUUUGUGUGGAUCGUGAUUGACACGCCGUGGAAGCUGUACGUGUGGACGACGUUCUACGGCAUCUCUGGCGGGGCGAUCCAGUCGCUGUUCCCGGCGGCGCUGAGCUCGCUGACGACGGACCCGCGCAAGCAGGGGACGCGGAUGGGCAUGGUGUUUACGAUAGUGAGCUUCGCGGUGCUGACGGGCAACCCGAUCGCGGGGGCCAUCAUCACGGGCACGCCGGGGGGGAGCUACGUCGGGGCGCAGUGCUUCGCCGGGUGCGACCUGCUGGUCGGGGCGGGGUUCAUUACGGCCUCGCGGAUGGUCAAGAUGAGGAAGUCGGGCGCUGGGUGGCUGUUCAAGGCGUAG